AUGGCGCGUUGGAUUUCCAAGAUGCUGGCACCGCUGGCGCUGGCUCUUUGUGCAGCGACGGUAGCCCAUGCCUUUGAAGAGAAAAUUAACCAGAAGGACGACUACAGACAGCAAUGCGCCGGUAUGUACAGCAGAAAAUCCUGGGGCGGCCCUGCGGACCCGUUCAUCAGCGUCGUCUUCGACAAGUACGACGGGCCGGUGGACCCCAUCGUCAGCGUGCUCAUUUUUGAGUGGAAGGAUGAGGCGCUUAUCGGGAUCUUACCGGACGAGAACCAGCAAAAACUCAUCAUCUGCGAGCCGCAAUAUGUGUCGCAAGGCCACUGCAACGCGUCGGAUGUCGGCAGGUUCAUGUUGCAGCCAAACGCGACAGAGGCGUCGAAGAACCCGAUCUACAACAAGGCGGUGCACCUCAAGGAGGCCCAGCCGAUCAUGUACGAGAUCAAGAAGACGGGCUACUUCUGCAUUGUGACGGCGCCGUUUAGCGCCUCCGAGUACAGCGCGGUGGCGGAGUUCCGCAGCGCGUACGGUGAGCUGCCGGCGACACAGAUCCCCAAGCUGCCGUUCUACGGCGGAAUCACGAUAUCGUAUGCGGUGGUGGUGGCGUUCUGGGGGUUCAUGUACUACCAGCAUCGCAGCGACAUCCUGGCAGUGCAGAACUACAUCACGGCGAUCCUGAUCUUCUUAGUGGCGGAGAUGCUCAUGACCUGGGGCUUUUACGACUUUAUGAACCGCAAGGGCUCAAGCGUGGGAGCCAAGGUGAUGCUGGUAGUCGUGGCCGUGCUCAACGCGUUCCGCAACUCCUUCACCUUCUUCCUGCUGCUCAUCGUGUGCAUGGGCUACGGCGUGGUCAAGACGUCGCUGGGUCGGACGAUGAUCUACGUGCGCUGGCUCGCCAUCGCACACUUUGUCUUUGGCCUGGUGUAUGCCAUCACGAGUCUGCUGGUCAAGCCAGACGAUGUUGGGCCCUAUGUGCUGCUCAUCAUCCUCCCGCUGGCGGCGACGCUGACGGCGUUUUAUGUGUGGACGCUCAAUUCGCUGAACCUGACGCUCAAGGACCUGCGGGAACGCAAGCAACAUGCCAAGGAAAGCAUGUACAAGAAGCUAUGGUGGUGCAUUUUGCUCAGCAUCGUGGUGAUUUUUGGCUUCUUCUUCCUCAACAGCUUCUCGUUCGCGUCGGCUAGGGACCCGGACUUUGUGCCGUUCCAUUGGAAGACGCGGUGGUUCAUUCUGGAUGGCUGGCCGAACCUGGUGUACUUUGCAGAUGUUGCGUGGGUGGCGUACGUGUGGCGGCCGUCGGCCAACAACCGUCGGUUUGCGAUGAGCGACGAGAUCGCGCAGGACGACGACGGGACGUUUGAGAUCUCCAACAUGGAUAUUGGCGUGCCGGAGGAGUUCGACGAGGACGACGAGGACGGCCUGGGCAACGGACAGCGACAGGAGGCCGGGGGACUGGAUCGCAGCGGUGCAGCGGGCGUGGAAGAGGCGACGAUUGGCAGCAAGCCGACAGCAGCGAGCAGGUCGGUACAGGCGUCGUCGUCGACAGCAGCACGGGACUCUCUCGACGGCGAGACCAUCUUUGCGGUAGGAGAAGAUGCGGACAAGUUCUCAGACGACGAGGAAGACGACGACGAGGAAGACGAUUCGGAAGAGGAGUCUGGCCUGGUGCGAAAUAAGAAGUGA